AUGGGCGUCUCUCCGUACGAGAACACUGCGCUUUGGCUACGCCUUGUGCGCCACCCACUCGCGCUCAAGUAUGUUGAGAAUGAUAGAGACGUGCGGCUCGAUCGAUAUGAACAGCUUAGGGAAGGUCCGCUGCUGGCCGGUGGCCAUGUUUUCGAGGAUGACCUCCGCCUGCUUGAAGCAGCGGAUAUCGAACCCCUCGGAGUCAUUCGACUGCACCACUACGUGGUUGAGUCCCUGGUAUUCAUCUACGUGGCAUCCCUUAGUCUCGUCAGCAUCGUCCUGCUUGUUCGUGCCUUGCGGCGGCGCCAUCGCCGCAAUGUCGACCGUAAUUGCCACGCCAACAGCAGCAUUCAACAAAUGCAGACAUCUAGCAAUGGAGUUCUUCAGGCCUUUGGCGUUUCUUUCCUGGGCUGUAGGUGUAUGCACUGCCAGGCCCUGGCCCCCGAGUAUGAGAAGGCCGCUAAGCAGCUCGCGGAGGAGGGCUCCGAGGUGGUACUGGCCGAGAUCAACUGCGACGGUGCAGUGGGUGUUGCUCAGGAGUUCGGCGUUGAGGGCUACCCUACGCUGAAGUUCUUCCGCAAGGGUGUUGCUAGGAGCUACACCGGUUCCCGCCAGGCCGAUGGCAUCGUGAGCUGGUGCAAAACGGUCUUGUUGCCCGCCGUCAUCAACGUUUCCAGUGUGAGCGAGAUCCCUGAGGACGCCGAGGUCACCUUCGUGUCCGUGGGCUACGACUCGUCUGAUGAGCUUAUGAAGGAGUUCGAGAACCUCGCUGACCUGCACCGCGACGACGCUAAGUUCUACGCGGUGUCUGGCGGCGAUAAGGCCAUCUACGUGCUCCACAAGCCGAAUGAGCGGUUCGACUUCAGCGCGUCAACCGCCGACAAGCUGGUUGAGUUCGUGCAGCAGGAAUCUCUGCCUCUGUUCUCCGAGAUUAGCCACGCCAACUACAUGCGCUACUUCAGCUCCGGCAAGUCCAUCUCGUGGUUCUGCGCCGUCGCUGCCGACUACGAGAAGUACCGCGCCGUGUUCACCAAGGUUGCUCGCGAGCUGCGCUCAUAUGUGCUGUUCGCCUGGCUCGACGUGGAGAAGUUCACCGCCGCCAAGGAGGCGUUCGCUGUUAAUUCCUUCCCCUCCGUUGCUCACCAGACCGAUAUGGGCCGCUACAUUUUGGUCCCUGAGUCGUACUCCUUCGAUGACGUGGACGCCGUGCUGACCUUCUACUCCGACGUCGACGCUGGCAAGGUCGCCCGCAGCAUCAAGAGUGAGGAAGAGCCCGCUAACAACGACGGCCCCGUUGUGACCCUUGUGGGCAAGACUCUGCCCGACUUCGUGAACAACGCCACCCGCCCCAUCAUGCUGAUGAUCCACUCUCCCUUCUGCGAGCACUGCAAGAAGUUCAUGCCCGUGUACACCGCCUUCGGUGAGUCGAUGGGCACCGACGGUCGCGUGAUCGUGGCGCUGCUGAACGGUGACGGCAACGAGUCGUCUUUGGACCACAUCCAAUGGACUGCGUACCCCACCGUCCUUUUGAUUCAGCCCGGCAGCACUGAGGUCGUCACUUUCGACGGCAAGCGCACGUUGGAGGACUUGAAGGAGUUCGUGGAGAAGCAUUGCCCGGACGAGCGCCACGGUGAGCUCUAG